AUGGAGAUCUCCGGAGUAGACGAGAAUUGGCCGAUAAAACCAGUGAAAACAGGAAUAUCUUCUUCCCAGACUUUGCACAACGAAAAUUUUGGAACUCUCUCCCAAGGCACCACUGAAAAGGACCAUAGUAGCCCUUCCCUGGAGGGGGGUCAUCUACAACUCCAUAGCUAUCCUGAGAAACCCAAGAUCCCAUUUAGUCCAUGUUCAGCCACUGAGGAUGAAACACAACCCAUCAAGGAACUACUAUGGACCAAGAUACGGACUAAACUCCGGGAGCCCUUUGCCGAGUUCUUUGGAGUGUUCAUUAUGAUUCUCUUUGGCGACGGCGUUGUCGCCCAGGUCGUUCUAAGUGACUCGAAAAAGGGAGAUUAUCAAUCAAUAUCGUGGGGUUGGGGCCUUGGGGUCAUGAUUGGCGUCUAUUGCUGCGGCGGCAUCUCCGGCGGCCAUCUCAACCCUGCCGUGACACUCGCAAACUGCGUCUUCCGGAAAUUCCCUUGGAGAAAGUUUCCUAUCUAUAUGCUAGCCCAGGUACUAGGUGCCUUCUGUGCCGCAGGAGUUGUUUAUGCGAACUACAAAUCAGCCAUUACCGACUUCGAAGGUGGCCCUAACAUUCGCACCGUAGGAUUGAACACUUCCACUGCUGGUAUAUUUUGUACAUACCCUGCGCCAUUCCUUACAAAGACAGGUCAAUUCUUCUCAGAAUUCAUUGCCAGCACGAUCCUCAUGUUUUGUAUCUUCGCAAUGGCAGAUGAUAAGAAUCUGGGAGCCGGGAAUCUGAUGCCACUUGGUCUAUUCUUCCUUAUCUUUGGCAUAGGCGCAUGCUUCGGGUGGGAGACUGGAUAUGCGAUCAAUCUUGCUCGAGACUUCGGACCACGCCUGAUGAGUUACUUCCUGGGCUAUGGACAUGAAGUAUGGUCUGCUGGAGGUUACUACUUUUGGGUUCCCAUGGUCUCUCCAUUCUUCGGUUGCGUAUUUGGUGGCUUCCUAUAUGAUGUUUUUCUAUAUACAGGUGAAAGCCCCAUUAAUACUCCCUGGAUGGGCCUGGACCGAUUUUUGAGGCCGCACCCAAAUGUCUGGUCCAACACAAAAACGAUAGCUCGUACGAAGAGGUAA